AUGAAGGCGUUCGAGGUCGGUGGCACCACUCUCUCUCUUGCUCUCUUCACUGACGUUACCAACUCUAAAGAACUGCUGGAUUUGAUGCAAGCGGGAACACUGGAACCUGAAAUUGCAUUGCUGAAUGCUUUACUCAUACCUGACAUUUUCCCUGUGCUUGUUGCUGCUCAUAAGACACUCAUAUCCAAAUCAAGAGAAGCACUAACAACAAGGACUCUCCAUUCUGAGAUUGUUUACAAUUACUCAGGCUCUAAACAUAUAUCUGAAUCUUUGAAAAGAUGUGGUAUAUCUGACAGUACAAGUUACAUCCUUGUGGCUCGUGUUGGCGCUUCUGCUGAUGAGGUAACAGCCAUAAAGGAACUAAUCAAGGGAGAAGAAAUCGGCUUGGAGGAAUUAGAAGGACAAGCAAACCAAGCCCAGAUACAAAAGCACUACAAAAUACCGACCGUGGAGUUGGGAAUAUCUUCACUUUCAGAUGCUAUAACAUGCAGGAUUGCAGCACGAGAUGCCUUGUGA